GCAUUUCGAGGAGCUCAUGGACCGAAAAGCUAGCAAGUUGAAAGUUGGCGGGAAUGAUCAACCGCUCCAGCACGUCUUCAAGGACUGGGGCGACAUGUACUCCUGGAUCCGAACUGGCUAUGUGCCGUUGCUUUGGGAGGAAGGUCCUCGCGGCCGUGGACUCCUCGCCGAUCGAAUCCGCUUGAUCGGUGGAGUUCGCUUGGCCAAGCAGGUAGCCCAGCCGGUGGACUGCAGCGCUGGUGUGGCGGAGCAGCGGUGGAUCGCGAGUGAAUACAACCACUCCUGCUUUGAAGCGGUCCCCGAUCAAGAAAGAGUGGAGCAGGAAGAUUACUGGCUCGACAUAGAAGAGGACUUGGUCACAACGCUGGCGCAUGUCGACUGGCUGGAGUCGAGUGGUUGGAUCACCCCCAACGCUACAGAUGUCGCGAUCCAGGCUUUCUUCCUGAAUGCCCAGAGCCAGUUCUUCGUACUCUCCCAGAUGCAGGUCACACUGGAGGACACCGGGUGGCUCCAUGGACAGAUGCAGACAUUGAUGGUUCCAUC